AUGUCUUUAGAGGCUGAAGAAAGAGAGGUUGAUAAGGAGUAUUUAGCGCUUCUUGAAAACAAAUUGAAGGCUUUAAAGGAUCCUAAGAAAGCAACUGCAAAACAGUUUCUCAGUGAUAUUGCCACUUAUAGAGAUCAGCAGCUUUUCAAGUUAAUAACAUCUGGGAUUCCUGCCCAGUCCGGUUUUGACGACGACUUCGCGGAUAUAGUUAUCACACCAAACUACUUAAGGAGAGUAAUAGCUCCUCAAACUUGUGCUAUCAAUAAAUUGGAGCUAGUUCAUUUGGUCGAGAGUGAUCACGUUCAGAAACAACACGAAGUUGCCGUGGAAGAGAACGGUGUCGCAAUUUCGAAGACAGAGAAAACCGCUGGUGAAACUCCUAUCACGAAGGAAAAAGUCGAGUGA